GCAUGGAUUCAUUCAACGCUCCCUAGGCUGCAUCUCUACUACACACACCACAAUCUCAACCCAAGAGGGACAAAAGGAAGCAAACGAAAAUCAGACCCCCAAAAGCCAUAUUUUCAAAACCGCAUAAGCAUCCCAUGCCGUCGGCUCCUCCCCCGCAUACGAGGGGGCCGAAUCCUACCGGUUCCACGUCUCCCUCCGUCUUUGCAUACCUGUCUACCUCCAACGCCAAGUAAACGACGCCUGCAGGACAAAGAACAACCCCCUGCUUUUUCUCUCCCAAAGAAAUUCCCACCAAUUCCCCUCUCGUAUCCAGAGCCCUCGUGCUAUGUGGAUAUGUGGAUGCCGGCACUAGCGCUUUCUCAACCUCUAUUAGGAAAUCCGGGGGGGGAUAUAGGGUUUAGUCUCCCGAGGGACGGAGGAGGACCCGGCCAAGACCGUAGCAAAAGCUUGAGGGGGAAUUGGCUUUUUCCAGGCGUUGGCAAUCCGCCGCCCAAAGAGAGGAAAUUACAGUUGCUGAUGGCUUCAGAUUACCGCAGAGACUCCACGGGGGAGUGCACUACGGGUCGUGUAUAG